AUGGGGUCAGCCAAUGUCUAAGAUCACACAUUUGACUUCUGCACCACCAGCGGUGUUGCGUUGCCUGGCGUUGAUUACGAACUCAUCGUACUCUUAGGGCUCGACCCAAGCGUCAAGAGGUACAUGAUGUACCACCAAGGCUGCUUCGCUGGCGGCACUGUCCUUCGUUUGGCUAAGGACUUGGCUGAAAACAACAAGGAUGCUCGUGUGCUUAUUGUUUGUUCUGAAAAUACUUCAGUCACUUUUCGUGGUCCUAGUGAGACAGACAUGGAUAGUCUUGUAGGGCAAGCAUUGUUUGCCGAUGGAGCUGCUGCAAUUAUCAUUGGUUCUGAUCCUGUUCCAGAGGUUGAGAAUCCUCUCUUUGAGAUUGUUUCAACUGAUCAACAACUUGUCCCUAACAGCCAUGGAGCCAUCGGUGGUCUCCUUCGUGAAGUUGGACUUACAUUCUAUCUUAACAAGAGUGUUCCGGAUAUUAUUUCACAAAACAUCAAUGAUGCACUCAGUAAAGCUUUUGAUCCACUAGGUAUAUCUGAUUAUAACUCAAUAUUUUGGAUUGCACAUCCUGGUGGACGUGCAAUUUUGGACCAAGUUGAAGAGAAGGUGAACUUGAAGCCAGAGAAGAUGAAAGCCACCAGAGAUGUGCUUAGCAAUUAUGGUAACAUGUCAAGUGCGUGUGUGUUCUUCAUUAUGGAUUUGAUGAGAAAGAAGUCACUUGAAGCAGGACUUAAAACCACCGGAGAAGGACUUGAUUGGGGUGUACUUUUUGGUUUUGGUCCUGGUCUCACUAUUGAAACUGUUGUUCUCCGCAGCGUGGCCAUAUGAUGCAGCUUAUUAUAUCUCUCUGCAUAUAUGUGAUUGUGUUACUUUUUAAUAAUUAUCUUUUGCUUAAGAAUAAGGUUUUGAUUGUAUUGUUAGCUGAGUGAAAACUUAGACAAAAAUGUCGAACGUAAUUCUUUUAUGUGAGGAUUUAAUAUCAACGUUUGUAACUAUUAGUUAACAAAUAUAUGAAAUUUUUUUCAAUUGAGCAACA